AUGGCAGCUAUGACGACGGCGACGGCGGCCCACCACCACCCGUCCACCGAACUCGACUCCGGCACGGCGGAUUCACUCUCAGUCGCCUCAACCCCGCGCUCAAUCCACCCCAACGGCGUCCACGAUGACAGCAACCCACCGGCUCCGGUGCCGGCUGCUCCAACUCAGCGCGUCCGCUUCAUGUGCAGCUUCGGCGGCAAAAUCCUUCCCCGUCCGCACGACAAUCAACUCCGCUACAUCGGCGGCGACACCCGCAUCGUCGCCGUCAACCGCCACACCACCUUCUCGGCCCUCAUCUCGAAGCUCUCCAAGCUGUGUGGGACCCCCAACAUCAGCAUCAAGUACCAGCUCCCGAAUGAAGACCUGGAUUCUCUGAUCACCGUCACCACCGACGAAGACGUGGAGAAUAUGAUGGACGAGUACGAGCGGCUUGUCCAGACCCAGAAGUCGGCUCGGCUUCGGAUCUUUCUCUUCUCCACCGAUGCUGAUUCUAGAACCAGCUCUAUCAGCUCUCUUCUUGAUGGGUCAACUAAGCGAGAGCACUGGUUUUUGGAUGCCCUUAAUGGGGGAUCGGGUCGUGGCCCGGGUUUGGAACGUGGGCAGUCGGAGGUUUCCUCCAUUGUUUCUGAAGUCCCGGAUUACUUAUUCGGGUUGGAUAAUUCCGAUGAUGCUCCACGGGAGCCCAAAUUGAGAAACACCAUCAAGAGUCAUCUGAGUGAGAAUCAUCCUGGGUCGGAUCCUGGAUCACCGAAUCCGGUUGUGUCUUCUCCAUUCCACUCAACUUCAUCUUCCUUGGCUCCGCCGCCUAGCGUGCCGGCGAUUCCGGACCUUCCACCUGUGAAAACCAAGCCAGUUAACUCAGCUCCGGUUACUGAAUCCGGAAAAGAGACUCCGGUUGAGGGUGUACCGGAAGCAGGUGAAAAUCAGACGGUGGUUUCGCAACAGAACGGUUAUGCCAGUAGCCCCAUGUGGCAUUACCCUGGUCCGGCUAUGCAACCCGUACCGGUUUACUAUUACCCAGCUCGACCCGGAAAUCUCCCAGUUCAGCAAGUUCCCAUGGGAGCUCAAUAUGUCCAACAGAUCCCUGUUCAUUCCGGGCAAGUUUACAGUCACCAGGUAUCGGGUAUGGGUCAGGUUUACGGUGGAGGAAGACCCAUGGCGGCGGUGGAUCCAAUUUCGGGAAGAGUCCUGACGGAGGGGGUAAAUCAGCCUAUCUAUUAUAAUGUUAGAAAUGGUGGGAUGGUUCAGAAUUAUCCGGGAAUGGUGGUUUCUGGUGCUGAAGAAAUCCAGGGACCCGGAGGUGAUGGUAAGAUGGGUCGGAUAUCUCAAUCUUGA